AUGGAAUUCUGUACUGAAAACGGAGAAAUGGAUCCUAGUCGUCAUAUAGAUUUAAUUGAAUUUCCAGAUGUACUAAGAAAUAAAGGAUUUGACAUUGGAGCACCUUUGGGAGAGAAUCUUGCAUUCAUAUUAGAAUGUUUUGGUGAAUUAGAAGUAGACAAUAGGAUUGUGUAAAAAAUAAAGGAGGAAAAGGAUGCCAAAAAGAAGGAUGCCAAUCUUAAGAAGGUUGGUGAUGAUGCACCUAAACCUGUUGAUGUUUUGUAGAAAAUGACUUCAUAUAGUGAAUUCAUUGGAGCCAUUUAAAAACUAAAAAGAUAUGAUUAAAUGAUGUGCAGAUUGUAGUUAGUUCGAUCAAAUAUAUUACAGAAUGAAAUGAAUUUAAAUAAAAUUAAUAAUCUGGAAAAAUCUAAAAAUGUUGAAAGGAAUCAAACAUAAUUUGAUGAACAUGUUUCCUAGAUCCAAUCUAUUGAUUAACUCCCAGAAGUCCCUAAAGCAGCUCAAAAUGCUGUUGUUAUCAAUCUAUUUUGCAUAGAUGAACGAUUUGAAUCAAGAUCACUUGAUUUUGUUGAAAGAGCCUUUGAACUCUUCCCUGAUCGUGAGUAUCUCAUCCUAACAUAACCAUACACAGUCUAAGAGACUACUCUGUUAUCACACUUUCUAUAAGUAUCAAGGAAGAAACAUUCCACCUUUGAACAUGUCUUAUAUAUAUUUCAUAGAAACAGUUUAGAUUCUCAUCUGAUUGAAUUAAGAAAGUUCAAUCAAAGUGAAUGGAACUAAUGUCAAUUUUUAGUUGAGAAUCUCUUAGGAAAAGAUGGCAUUGAAAAAGAUGUCAGAAAUGUAAACGACAACGAAACAUUUAUUGUCUAUUGCAAAGAUGAAAUAAUUGGAUUAUAUUGCAUGAAGAAGUAUGUUAAUCUCCAAUAUUUGAAAUCUCAUUUCUGUGUUUAAGAUCAUAUCCUAAUUAAGGAACAUCCUAAACAUUUGCAUACUAGAUUAUUACAUGGAAUCUUGAAUCCUUUGUUUGCUAAACAAACUAGAUUUAUUUUACGAGAAAUUUGCAGGUUGAUGGAUAAGACAUGUAUAAUGUUAGAAAUUCAUGAUCGUACUCUAUUGCCUGAUGUAUUCCAUGAAUUCAAUUUUGUGAGAAGUCGUGCCUUUCCUCAUUUCUUGAAAUAGAAAUGGGAUUGGACUCUUGAUGAUGAUCAAAAGGAACGUAUGGGCACAAUUCUAGAUGAUCGUGACCCAUAUGAUUAAACUCAAUCCCCCUUCUCUUUAGCAAUGCUUACAAAAAAGUAGUUAUCCAAUGUUAAAAUCUCUAAUAACUCCCGUAUAGUUGUUGUUGGAGCAUCUGAUACUGGAUUGUCUUUCAUUGAAUCCUUACUUACGAUAAAGGAUAUCAAUUUUACUAAUAUUAUCUUAUUGGCUCCUGGAGGGUUGAUAACAAUGCAUGUAAAACAUGAAUUUGAAAUGCUCAAAGCUAUGAGUACUAAUUAUACGUUGGAAGAAUUAAGAGCUCUGAUGUUGGAUGCUCGAGUGUAAGUAGUGGAUGCUAAAAUGGUAAAGUUGGAUAAAAAAGGAAAUCGAAUUAAAAUUGAUAAAAAUGCAUUCAUUCCUUUUGAUUAUCUCAUAAUCACUGUUGGAUUGAUUGAUACUGAAUUGUAAUCAAGAGAAAAAAUAAGUUUUGGUCUAUCCAAGUCUCCAUAUUACAAAAAUUCAUAAUUUAUAAAUGGAGUGUAUAGCAUAGAUGACCCAUAUCUCUACUCCCAUUUCAAAAGAACUGGAUUCAAAGGAAGCAAUAUUGAUUUGUUAACCAGAAAGAAAAAACCACAAAAUAUAACUAUUUAUGGCAACACCUUGACUACCAUCACUUUUAUGAAUGGAUUGCUCAAUAGAGGUGUCCAUCCAUCCCGCAUUCAUUAUGUUAUGCCACCCAAGACCUUUUAAAAAUAAACCAAAUUUGAAAACAAUAAACAAAGACUUGAAUAAGAUGAUAAAAUGAUAUUUGACCCUGAUUAAUUUGAAAAUGAGGAAGUUAAAAACAAAGUAUUUGCCAUAAUGCUAGAAUUAGGCAUAUAAAUCCAUUAAGGAUUCACGCUAUAUGAAUUGAAGGUAGGUAAGGAAGGAUUUGGAAUAAAUAGUGAAGAUGUAUUGUAGGAAGUCAUUUUCAGAAAAUAGGCAGACAACUACGAAGAGUUAAAAAUUGAGAUUCAGAGGAAGGAGUAAGAACUUUAAGAGUUAAAAGAUAAUUCUGAAAACAAUAUGAGCAAAGAUAUGUAUGGAGAAUAGGAGGAAGGUGAGAAUUAGUUAGAAUUACUUGCUAGAGAAAUUGAGUAACUCAAGGCAAGUGAAUAUGAUUAUUUGCAAUUGGAUUCAAGAUUCUUCAUCACAAGUGGAUUGAUUGAUAUUGACAAGGAAAUCUUCAAUAUCAUACAUGAAAAUGGAUUGGUCUACAAUGGUAGAUUGAUUGUCAAGAGUAAUUUUCAAACCACCCAAGAAAAUAUAUUUGCUUGUGGCAAGAUUUGUGAGUUCUCUCAAAGAUACAAACACCAUUCAGUUGGCAAGAGUCUAAGAUUAGAUAAAUAUAAUGGCAGGGAACUAGGUUAAAAACUUAGUAAGUGCAUUUUGGAAUAAUUAAAUUUGAGUUAUUUAACAUCCCAAACUUAUUCAGUUGAUGAAUUACCGUAGUUGUAUAUGCCAAUAGGAUAAGGAGGCAUAGUUCCUUACAAACUUUAUUACUAUUAUAUCAAAAAGAAUGACUUCUCAAAGCCAAGACAAUUACAAUAAUAACCAUCUAAACCCAUAGUGUCUGAUAAUUUUAAGGAUUCUCAAGGUCAUUUCUUAUAAUUUGAUGUUGAUCCAAAUGGGCUUAUUGAGAGUCUCACUUACUUCGGUUCUGAGGCUGUUCACAUUCCAAGUUUGAUUCACUUCAUUGAAUUGUCAGUACGAUAUUUGAACAAAUUGGAUUAAAGAGGCAAACUCAUAAACAAUGUUUCAGAAUUUCUAUCUGAAAAUUGGGCCAUAGCUCUUUAUCAUGAAUGGUUUAGUGAAUUCAGACACAUUACUAAAAGUGAAAUGCUAAAAAAUGAACUUAUUGAUCAGGUACUUGAGAAAUCGUAAGAGUAUGCAAGAGAUGGUCGUUAUAUGGAUGAUAAUUUCUUUGAAGAAAUUAAAAAACUCAUCACUAGAGAUAUUGUCGAAAAUAUACAAGAAGGUACAAUCGAAUUCAUCAGACAAAAUUAGAACCAUUUACCUAUGUACUUUGUUCCAAAAUAGAAACUUAAUUGAAAUAUUAUUUGAAAUAAAAUAUUAUGAGUAAAUUCAAAGUU